GUCAUCAUGAAGCGGAAUUAUGCUUCAGGAAGCCAGAAAAGGAAGAAGAGAAAGGAAGAGGAGGAUAAGAAAAAACAAGAUAGUGGUGCUUUGCUUACAUUUCUCAGCCCUCAGGCUCUUCCUAAGGAUACCUCCACUGAUGAAGCUACACCAUCAACUUCAUCCUCAACAUCAACAGAUGCAUCACUUCUCAGUGCUGAUGUUUCCUCCAUAGCACAAGGACUUUCUGCUGGAAGUGAGUGUUGGAGAACAGAUGUUGCACUUUUGACAGUGGUACCUGUCUGAUAGCCUCCAACUUCAUAGCCAGAGGCAGUGGGCAUCUCUCAAUCAGAUCCAACUGGGAUGUAAACUUGGACAAGAUGUUUUUUUUUUUCUGUAGGGUUCUACAUAAAGCUCACACAGCGUUAACAGACGGUACAGUUCAACAGUAAGCUGCCAGUGAGAGAAUGAACAUCUCUGUGAGUUUUACGCUGUUGCUGCUGCUCAGCUCCGUCUCCACGAGUGAAAGUGUUGAAUGCCAGCGGGCUUUUCCCGAAGACAUCUACGCUGCCCUGAGAGAGCUGACCGCUUCGUUGGUUCAACUGAAGGCUGACAUAAAGCUGUUGCAAAGAGAGACUACAGGUCAAGCACAGCUGAAAACUGAAGUGGACAAGCUGAAGCAACAACAGCAAGUCCGACAGGUUGCAUUUUCAGCCUCUCUGCUGGUUGGUGGAGGUGACAAAACUAUUGGACCCUUUCCCACGGCCACUACCCUGAUCUACAAACACGUCCCCACCAACAUCGGAAAUGCCUACAACUCAAACACAGGUGUGUUCACUGCCCCGGUGAGAGGAGCGUACAACUUUGAGUGGUGGGUCAGUGCAUAUGGAGACAACAGCCACGCUUCAGGUGCUGUGUUGGUCAAGAACUCAGAGAAUGUUUUCUUGGCAUGGCAGCAGGUGAUGGCUGGUUUUGUGACUUCUUCUAAUGGCGUUACUCUGUUGCUAGAGGUGGGAGACGUCGUGUUUGUGCGUCUGUGGGCUGGCACUGUGGCGUUUGACAACUCCAAUCGCCACACCACCUUCAGUGGGCAUCUGCUGUUCCCCAUGUAAGACAGAAACAGCAACUCUGCAAUAGUCACACAGGUUUUUGUUGUCUUAAACAAGUCUUCAUAGCACUUCAUAGAUUUGAUCUGAUUUGAUCUG